UGUGUCUUAAUAAUUUCGUCCGGUUGGCGGUUUAUUACUCAUUUCGGUAGGGAAGGUCAUUGUAACAAUUUAAUUCUCUUUGUAUUUUGGUUGCUUGGUAACAGCUUUGUUGUUUAUUUUUCUCGCUCUUAAUAGCUUCUGGAUGAAAAUUUUUGUAGUUUCAAAUUUUUAAAGAAAAUGUGAAGGGGUUGGAUUAAUUAGUUAAAAAUCUUUUUGGGAAUAAUUAUUUCAAGUCUGGAGGGACAUGGAGUUGGAGAACGAGAGAAAUUCCACAAGAUCGAGAUCCAAUUCUCGCUCCAGUGAUGAUUCUGCUCGUGAUUCAGUGAAAACUUCGUCGUCAGUAUCGAAUGUUACUAUAUUCAAUUCACCUGGGGCUGUCAAUAAAACCACCUGGAAGAGUGCGAAUGCCUUUUUGAAUUACGUUCAGGAUUUCCGGCAGAAUUUACGCGAGGCUAAGGAAAUCAUGCAACCGUCGAAUGUUAUUCGUCUGGCUGGACAGCAAUGGCGAGCCAUGCCGGAGGAUGAAAAAAAAGUGUACAUUGACGGUGCGUUGGCAAUUAAAAGGAGUAAAUCGAAGAAUACUACAGAGGGGAGGGUGAAUCGCAAGAGGGUGAGAGCAAAAUCGAAAACUAGGAAGCAAAAAUCUACGUCGUCGCUGCACGCUUCUGUCAAAAAGAAGGCGAGAAGGAAGAAUUAGAGAAGUAGAAAAUGGACUCUGGAUUGUAAAAAUUGCAGAAAUUGAUUGUAAUUACCGUCUGAGG